CCAAAAUCCCUAAAAUAGCUAAAAUAAAUUGUGAUGUGGAAUUUUAGGAAAUUUCUAUUGGAACUCUUCAUGAAUUCCACAGAGAUUAGUUAUAUGGAUGGAAAAUUAAAUUUCAGGAUGACAACAAACAGAAAUCUCAAUGUGAGGAAUCCUCUGUAUGGACAGCUUGUUGUGGGACCCCCGGGAUCGGGGAAGACGACCUAUUGCGAAAAAAUGCAGAAAUUCCUCAAAGAACUCGACCGGAAGGUGGAAGUUGUGAAUCUGGAUCCUGCCAAUGAUGGGAUGGACUACCAGGCGAGCAUUGACAUUAUGAAACUCAUCACUGUGGAGGAUGCAAUGAGCCACUUAGGAUUGGGACCCAAUGGAGCUCUAAUCUAUUGCAUUGAGUACCUGGAGACGAAUUUUGACUGGCUAGUGCAGCAACUGAAAGCAUCCAAAAGUAAUUACUUCAUCUUUGACUGCCCAGGGCAGGUGGAGCUCUAUACACACCACAACGCCAUGGCCAGAAUGUUCUCGAAGCUGGAGGAGAUGGGAUACCAUUUGUGCGUUGUGCACCUCGUCGAUUCGCACUACUGCUCUGAACCUGGGAAAUUCAUCUCCACUCUCUUCCUGUCUCUCAACACAAUGCUCCAGAUGGGCCUGCCACAGGUGAAUGUUCUUAGCAAAGCGGACUUAUUGAAGCAAUUUGAGUCAAAAUUACCUUUCGGGAUGGACUUUUACACGGAAGUUCUGGACCUACAGUACCUCCUGGACGCAUUGGAUGCCACACCCGGAAUGGGAAAGUACAAGAAACUAAAUGCAGCGAUUGUGUCACUCAUUGAAUCUUACAGUUUGGUAUCAUUCUCACUUCUCGACGCCAAUAAGACGGAAAGUCUUUUGAGACUGAAGAAUGCCAUUGAUAAGGCAAAUGGAUACGUUUAUGGAGCUGGUGAAGAAGUCAGUGUUAAUUCCCUGCUAGCUUGUGCCGUGGGAGCGGAAACGGAAAGCGAAAGGAUGGAAAAGAACAUAAAUACAUAUUUGCAGUAAAUUUUUAGAAUAAAAAUCAAUUUAAAAAUU